CGCCUAUUCAUGGGGUCAAGCUCCUGAACUUCAACAGUUGCUCAGGACCCUUACGGAGCAAAUCACACCUUUUGAACAAACAACGACAUCGGCCGAUCGAUUUAGCAGAUCGUCUUCACUGUGCGAUCGGCCUCUCUCGAUAUAUCCUCAAUUAAUCAAUCAAUGCCCUUACGAUAGGCAACCCCGACCCUCACACCGCAUCCUGCUCCCUGGCAGGACGGUGAACUGCCCUCGAUGGCUGCCACAUAUAAUCCUUCUCUUGCCGCCUCCGCGCACCCUCAUCGCCAGAAUGCCCCCAAUGGCAUAGCUUCAAUGGCGGCACCAAACGUCCCGCCAGGAACCUUCCUGCCUGGUACCAAGGUCCAGGUAGGCAGUCACCGUGUUGUGAUUGAGAAGUAUCUCUCCGAAGGUGGCUUUGCACACGUCUAUCUGGUCCGACUUCCUUCGCCACUGGACAAGUCCGAUAUUGCCGUGCUCAAAAGGGUUGCUGUGCCGGACAAAGAGGCACUGGCAAACAUGAGAACGGAGGUGGAGACCAUGAAGAAACUCAAAGGCCACCGUCACAUUGUCAAAUACUAUGACUCGCAUGCGUCACAACUGAAGGGUGGUGGAUAUGAGGUGUUUCUCCUGAUGGAGUAUUGCGCCGGAGGUGGUCUUAUCGACUUUAUGAAUACUAGGCUGCAGCAUCGGCUUACAGAGCCGGAGAUCCUUAAGAUCUUCGCUGACGUCGCCGAGGGCGUGGCCUGCAUGCACUACCUCAAGCCCCCACUCCUCCAUCGUGACCUCAAGGUCGAAAAUGUCCUGAUAUCCGUCUCUGGGUCUUCAAGGUCCUACAAGCUGUGUGAUUUUGGCUCAACAGCACCGCCUAGGCCAGCCGCGACCUCCGCAGCAGAAGGCCGUCUCAUCGAAGAUGACGUCCAGAAACACACUACCCUCCAGUAUCGGAGCCCGGAGAUGAUUGACGUCUACAGGAGACAACCCAUCGACGAGAAGAGCGACAUUUGGGCAUUGGGCGUACUAUUGUACAAACUGUGUUACUACACCACUCCGUUUGAAGAACAAGGCCAGAUGGCCAUUCUCAACGCGAGCUUCAAAUUUCCCGGAUAUCCAAGCUUCUCAGAUCGUAUCAAGCUAUUCAUAGCAUCAAUGCUCCGCGAAAACCCACAGAAUCGACCAAACAUCUUCCAAGUAGUCAGUGAAGUUUGCCGUAUGAGGGGCACGAAUGUACCCAUUCGAGAUAUAUAUGCUGGAAGGUCACAAUCAGAAGCUCGAAAAGCACAGCAACUACCGUCGCCAGAGCCAAAAGUUGAUACCCCUCCCGUCGUCGGCGCAUACCACUCACCGCCAGUUGAGCAUUCACAGACCAUUCCUGACAUUGCUCCGAUGCGGCGAGGGCGCCCUACCAAGGCACCACAACACCACACCAGCGCCAGUGCUAGACCAAGCCCUUCUCCGCUACGAGCGGCAGGUGGUGAUCCAUUUGCAGCGCUUGAUGCUCCAGGUGGCUUUGGUACUCUGCCGCAGUCUGAUGAGCUUUCAUCUCGUUUCCCUACCUUGGACCAAUUCUCGCUACUUCACGAUACUGGUGGCAAGUUUGAGUUUAGUCCGACCUCGCCAACAAAUGCCACUUCCGCGAGCAGCGAUUUGAAUCAGCGAGUGACUGAAGCUCUCGCAGACGAAGCCUUUGCACAGCCGCGUGCGCCUGCUCCUCAGGCAUCCCCUGCCGCUUCUGCUGCUACUACUACUACUACUACUACUACUACUACUACUCAUCCUACACAUGUUCAGUCUGCUCCUGCUUUGACAGACACGGCAUCCCUGGUCAAGCAGAAAUUGCCGGAGCCGCGACAAGAUAAAACUCAUCCAUCGCCAUCAGCAACCAUCUAUCAACCUACGCCCAAGCGCCCAACCAUGGUUUCAACAGGAACUAUGACAUCGGCUACACCUCCGCCCGUCGCUUUGACCCUGACAGUACCCAAGACUGACAAUCGCUCUUCAUCAACCGAUAGCCCUACGCAAUCGACGCAGUUACAGAAGCCCGAGUUCAGAACGAUACCCCGUCCAGCAUUGCUGGAAAGUAAUCGCUCGAAAUCGCAGACAUCUACGUUCGCAAUACCCAAGCCUGCGACAUCUUCGCGCCCGUCUCUUGAGGGCCAACGUCCUUCGACGGCAGACUUGGGCGAUGCUAUCAACCGCUCAAGAUCUGCAAAUGCUCGACCACGUCCUUCAAGUGUUUAUCUAGAAUCCAAUCUCGACUAUCUUCGAGACCGCGAAUCAUCGCGCAACAGAUCUAGCGGUACUUAUCGUGCAAUGACGCCCCAGCCAGCUGCAAUGACUGGCAGCUCAGUUGAUUCGGAUAAGAGAAUAUCAUCCAACGUCGAAUUCCUCCGCACAAUGGAAGAAGCAGAAGCGGCGAGGAAAAAGGAGAAGCGCAACAGCGGGACAAGUUCAAAAGGAACGACCUCGAAGCACGUAAAGCGUUCCAGCAUGCCGUCAAUUUCGCUUUCUGGCACCAAAAACAUUCUGAGUGGAAAGUUUGGGGAUGCCUUUAGACGAUUUGAAAACAAUGCUGCCAGCGGAGCCCGAACGCCUAGUCCCGGUCUGAUCGACAAGGGUGCCCUGACACCUAUUACAGGUUCAGAAACCACAGGCGGUCGUAGCGAUGACGACAACGGCCUCGAAAUCACAGAAGAGGUGCCAGCAGAGGUCAAGCGAGAGCUCGAACGGCAGCGGCAAUCCAUGGAGGAGCGGAGAGUCGCGCAGGGCGCAGCUGAGUACCGCCGCCGCCUCACAGAGCGGGGUGACCCCGGGAAGUCCGAAGCAGUUGGUGCAGCGAGAGCUGCUUCAAUUCAGAACAAGGUCAGAUCGCUCUUGGACGAGAACAGCAAUGAACAGCGGGUUCUCACGCACAGUCCCGUGUCAUACGGUGCCCUGUCAUCAACCGAAGCGGAAGGGUUACCACCACGGACACGAACACUGGAGCCUCGCAUAUCGAACCCGCAACGGCCAGUCCCCAAUGCACAAAUGCGCGUUUCAGAGUCUCUCACCAAGGGAUCACAACUAGAAGGUCAGCGACCGCGGUCGGAAAUCACCAUGGCCAAGACCCGACAACCGCUGCAAUCAUCUUCAUCACCAUCACUUCCUUCUUCACAACCACCCCCUGUCACUGCUCGAAAUCCUGCUGGCGGAGGUAUUCGUCCACCAUCUCGUGGUGGCCUGCGCCCAAGCGCGCCACCUAAACCUAGAUCCCUCCGCUCUGGCAGUCAGGCCGAGCCACCGCAGCCGUCUCCGACAAAGCCGAUAUAUCUUCAGGGCAGGCCCCUUCACCCUCAACAGCAACAACAAUUCUCCCAGCGGCCGCCGUCAUCACGGAGUGCUGCUGAACCUACCAGCCCCAGCGCCGAAGACUGGGAAGCCAACUUUAGCAAACGUUUCCCGAGCCUUUCAGGCCUCGAAAUGGUAGAAACGGAGAUUGAGCGGGAUCGCCCGCUUGGAUCCAUUCGUGUCAAGGACGUUUGAUGCCAAGCAAGUUGGUAGUUGUCUUUUUGUGAUCGGCGCAUUUUUUCCCUCACUCUUUUCUUUGUCCUCUUCCCAAGUUAAAGGAAAGCAAGCAGAUCAUAUGGGGAAAAUUCAAUAACCCCUGACACAAUGCUGCUUCAAAUCCGACUCACGGCCACUCUGAUGUAAUCAAUCCAUCCUUCCACCCCCCAACACUCAUCACUUCUGGAUUACAAGUGGGGUAGCAUCAUCUUAGUAGUCAACAUUGUGUAGUAGUUUCCAAGGCAUAAUACAUAUUCUGUACAUUAUCCACCCAU